UUAAAAAAGGUUUUUUUAUUGCUUUAGAAAAAUAAUAAUAACAUCCACACAGACAGCGGAGUCUAAACAGCAUGAGCUCAUCAUCGCGCCUCCCCUCAUCUGCGGUCGACGUUGCCGCUUUGUGUCCUUAAAAACCCCCACACCGGUCACGGCGGGCAGACCCACAGGAUGCCGGGGCCUGGUGCCAGUCGCACGACGCCUUCGCCCUUCACCCGGAGCUGCUGAGGCCGGUCCGGUCCGGUCCGGUCCGGGCCAUGGCCGCGCCCGUCGCGCACCCGCCCGACGACUGGCCGCGUGUGGGCGACGUGAACACGGUGUCGGAGCCGGAGCUCCCGCGGCCGCAGAGAGGCCCCCCGCGGGUCGGUGAUGGAGACCGCCCCGAGCCGCACGACGGCAGCUUCUCCCCGGCGGAGAGCGCCGGCGCCUUCCGGUCCACGGAGCACCUGGUGGCCCGCUUCGACGAGGCGUUGUCCGCCUGCUUCCGACACGUCAACGCCCAGACGGACAGCGUCGCUCCCGCCGCGAGGGAGAUCUCAGAGGACACGCUGCUGGAGAAAGACGAAGUCUGGAACGCUUUGACCUGUAACUUUGGCCACGUGAUGCCGGUGGACUGGAAGAGGUCUCGAACGCGCCGCCUCCACAUCCCCACGUUCAACAAGGAGGAGAAACCUAGGCGGACUGAUGUCCCCGAGGAGCUGUCGGACGACGAGGAGCUGAGGGAGCAGCUGGACAUGCACUCCAUCGUCGUCUCCUGCCUCGCAGACGAGCCGCUUUUCACAGCAGAGCAGGUUAUUGAGGAGAUAGAGGAGAUGAUGCAGGACUCGCCCGACAUGGAGGCCGAGUACGAUCCCUCUCAGUCAGACCUCUCAAUGCUCUCUCUGGACGUCCAGCGGCCCCCCAGCAGCCCCAGCUACAAGGACAGUGUGAGGACCCUGAGUGUCGCGGAGCUGAACGAGCGUCUGGAGGAGACGGAGACGAACAUCCGGAGGUUCUCAGAGGAGCUGGUGCAGCAGCUGGCUCUCAGGGACGAGCUGGACUUUGAGAAAGAGGUGAAGAACAGUUUCAUCUCGGCGCUCAUAGACGUGCAGAACCGGCAGAAGGAGCACCGCGAGCUGCUGAAGAAGAAGAAGAAGCUCAAGGGCGGAGCCGGGACGUCGCAGGGCCACGCUGACAGAACACUCGGAGCACGCUUCAGCGUGGAGGGACUCUCCUCUGUCAUUCAGAACAGCUUCCGGCAAACUUUUGGGAGUGGGUGCAGUGAAAGACAGUAUUUGACCACAGUCAUCCCUUACGAGAAGAAGGGACACCCUCCUUCGCUCGAGGACCUCCAGAUCCUGACCAAGAUUCUACUAGCCAUGAGAGACGACAGCGACAAGGUGCCCAGUCUCUUGACAGACUAUAUUCUCAAAGCUCUGGUGUGAGCGACGGAUGGAGAGUGCUUUGCCCGACGUAGACUAGAGGGACGGUGCCUAAUACUCUGCCGAGGCUUCACAUAGUUCACCGUGGCAACAAGAUGAAGAGGACUCAUUGUACGUUUUUUGUUUCUUUUGCAAACAUGAAGCACUACUUAAUUUAUUCCUGCAUGUUUUUAACAUGACUUUUUUUUGUUGUUGUGUUCUUUAUUUAGUUGUAUUUAUUUAUUGUGUUGUGAUUUUUUUUUUGCAAACCCUGUGAAUGCCCACUUAUUUUCAGUGUUUUUAAUUUUCUUGCACUGUGGACAAGAUUUCUAAAAAAUUAGAAAUUAUAUGAGAAAUUUACCCAGACAGAUAAACAAGCACUGUUUGGAAAAAUAAUGAGCUCUGCUUGUUGGUUAAAGGUGAGAGCAAAGCUGCAAUGCAAAGGGCUUUGUACUUAUCUCAAGUGUCUCUUAUCCACUGAGCAAUGAACAAAAAAUGCACAAAGCACAUUGAACACAGACAUUGCAGAAAUAGAGAAAUUAUUAAAAAAACUGUUCUAAACCGUUAAGACUGUAAAAUUGAAGCGCUAAAUAAUGUAUUAUUAAUGUAAAGUAUUUACUGAUCCCCAGAGGGACACAAGAUAUUCCACUUGCAUGUAGGAACAGGAUUCAGACAAAAAUAAAAAUCGAAUGUCAACGAAUAACAAAUAAAUUCAUUACACAAGUUGAGUAUGCAUAAACACAAGGCACUAUAUGCGCACAACCAUGAUAUAAUUCAUCACAGCCUUCCAUAUACCUGCAGACACCACACACUUCCAUUAUGUAUUCUGUGGAGGAUGAAGCGCUGAAGGCGAAGGUGAUGUAGUCUGGCCGAAAUUUACUAACUAACUAACUAACUAUGCAUUUGAGUGAAUAUUUUAUUGUGACACGUGCACUGACUGUGAUUUUGUGACGCUGACCAGCUCUGAAUCAGAGGCUCUCGGUGUCGACGUGGGGCAGUGAAACACCACGACUGGGCAUCGUUAUUCUCUAUGUAUUUACGAGCUGCCUUCGCCUUUGCCUGAACUCUUUUGUAUAUUUAUUAUAAAUGACUCAUUUUCAGUGAAUGUCAUUUAACUGUUCUGCCUCCAGAACCGGCUUCAUUGUUGAGGUAUUUUGUAAAUAUUUUGAUUUUAAAUAUAUUGAUAAGAUCU